AUGACAUUUCUUUCAAAUAUGUUACAUGAAGAAGGUGAUUAUGAAUAUAAAAAGGCAAUUGUUAAUACAAUUAUUUCAAUUGUUGAAGAAAAUCCUGAAGCAAAAGAAGCAGAUUGUGAACAUACAUCAUUAGCUACUCGUAUUCUUCAUUUAUUGGGUCGUGAAGGACCUCGUACAACAACACCAGCCAAAUAUAUUCGUUAUAUUUAUAAUCGUGUUAUUCUUGAAAAUGCACCUGUUCGAGCUGCUGCUGUAAGUGCAUUAGCUAAAUUUGGUGCAGCUUCAGAAGAUUUAUUACCAAAUAUUUUGGUACUUUUACAACGAACAACACUCGAUCAAGAUGAUGAAGUUCGUGAUCCAAUGAAUGUAUCAUUAUCAUCACUGGAACGUCUUUUACAUCGUUAUACAAUUGAACCAACAACAAAACCAUUUGAUGUUCGAUCUGUACCUGUUGAAGCAGUUCCGGUUGCACAACCUAAAGAUAUUAGUAUUGGUGUUGGUCUUCCACGUCCGGAAAUUGAAUCGAAAACAAAUCGAGAAGAUACUUAUGAUGAACAAUUAUCUGCUAUACCAGAAUUUGCUCAUUUGGGUCCAAUAUUCAAAUCAUCAUUACCAGUUGAUUUAACUGAAAGUGAAGUUGAAUAUGUUGUACGAUGUA